AUGGAUGAGGAGUGGGACCAGCCCUGUGGGGUGCAUCCAGACCUACAGGUAGGAGUGGUCACGGGAGCCCAGCCCUGGGCAUGUGACUGGGACAUUGUGGUUCCAGUUCAACCAUCCCAGCCCUGCAGUCGUGCUACAGAAACCCAAGCCGUGGGACAGAAGGUGGCUUGUGGCAACGAGGUCAUAUCAGGAGCCACAAGAACCCACCCAACUGCUCAGUGCCUCUGGCCAAAGCCUUCCUCUGAAGAAGCCCUGCUUGAGCCGAGAGGGAGAGAGGGAGCCAAGAGGGACGUGAUGCUGCCUGUGACCCAUGUGAUUGCCUUCGGCGCUUGGCUGGUGGCACAGAGCGAGGCUACACCAAGUGCCCCCACAAUCUCCAUCUACCAGAAGCCACCUGGGGUGAUCCCACCAGGAGGAUCCACCACCAUCUGCUGCACUUGCCAGCACAGCUAUGGGAGCUUCGUGCUGUACAAGGGCAGCCGCCGGCUCCGUACCCUGGAGCAGAGUGGCAGCAGGGCCGAGUUCUCCAUCUCUAAUGCCACCUAUGAGGAUAGAGGUACCUACGUCUGCCAUUACCUGGAGGGAGGCACUGUGCUGGCUCGCAGUGAUGAACUGGAAGUCUCUGUGGAAGAGCUCCGUCUCCCCAGACCCGACCUCUCUGUCCUGCCUGGGCACAAGGUGACUGUGGGAGCUGACGUGAUGCUGCGCUGCACCCCCACACACCCCAGCACCGGCUGUUACCUGUACCUGGAGGGCCAGAUCCGAGCCCAGCUGCUCCCAAGGGAACAAGGUGACUACAACCUCUCCCACGUGCAGAAAGGUGACGGCGGCCGCUACAGCUGCCAGUGCUACGCCAUCAAUGCUUCGAGAGAAUGGUCUGCUGUCAGCAGGACCCUGGACUUGGUGGUGAGAGAUUACACGCUGUGCAACGUCGUGCGCCUGGCGCUGGGGGCCGGGCUCCUGCUCCUGCUGGGGCUCCUCACGGCUGAGGCUGCGCGGAGCCGCUGCUGCCGAGGCCGGGGGUGCGGCUCGCUCCCCGCUGCGGGACCGCCGCGGCUCUGCCCGUCCAGCACCUCGCGCUGGGGUAAAUAAACCGUCCCUGUCCUGUCCCUG